UGGUUGGGAGAGACAAUUCACGCAGUUUCUACUACAACAGCAAACAAUUUCACAAAAAGAACAAAAAAAAGCUUUAAGAACCUAUCUAGUGUCGUUUUCAUAUCUUAAGCAAAAUGGCGUCCAACCAACAGAGCUACAGAGCUGGUGAAACCAGAGGCAAGGCCCAGGAGAAGACUGGACAAGCUAUGGGAACAAUGAGGGACAAGGCUGAGGAAGGUAGGGACAAGACUCAAGCGACUGCUCAAUCUGCAAAAGAUAAGACUUCUCAAACCGCACAAACGGCCCAACAGAAGGCUCAUGAGACGGCCCAGGCAGCGAAAGAUAAGACAUCUCAAACUGCUCAGACUGCCCAACAGAAGGCCCAUGAGACGACUCAAGCAGCAAAAGAAAAGACUUCUCAAGCCGGCGACAAAGCUCGCGAGGCUAAGGACAAGACCGGGAGCUACAUGUCGGAGACAGGCGAAGCCAUAAAGAACAAGGGUCAAGACGCUGCUCAGUACACAAAGGAGACCGCUCAAGGUGCGGCUCAGUACACAAAAGAGACGGCUGAAGCUGGUAGAGACAAGACCGGUGGGUUCUUGAGCCAGACCGGUGAGCAAGUGAAGCAAAUGGCGAUGGGUGCAGCUGAUGCGGUGAAGCAUACCUUUGGGAUGGCUACAGAGGAAGAAGACAGAGAGCAUUUCCCAGGAAGUACUACGACCACUACUGCUACUACUCGGACCACUGAUCCGACUCAUCAGACUUACCAGAGGAAGUGAGCUAGAGAGAAGAAUUUGAAAAUGUCUUUUCAAAGUUUGUUGGUCUUUUGAUUCUGUGUUGUGUUUUUUUUUUUGUAAUUUCCGUUUCGUCUUUGUGUUUGUGAUUCCGUUGUGCUUCUUGUUGUGACGGUGAUCCUGGAGACUACUAAUUUCCAGCCAAAUAAUAAGUUUAGAUUUGAUCCCGUCUACAUCAA